GUUUUCCCAUAAUUUCAAGCAGCGUCCUGUAAAGGGAAUAAAUGCCGCAUCGGAAGAGUUUUCUGACGCUAUACCUUUAAACGGAGACGGCCUCCAGCGCGCAUGCGCGGGCCGUGUUUAGUUUUCUCCAACCUGAGGAGCCGAGCGAAUCCAUCGCAGCCACUUCUUCCUGUCAUGUUUCCAGAGCAGCGUUUUUCUGUUACUCGUUUCCUUUCUUUUUCGUUUUUCUUUUCCUUUUUUUUUUUUUUUUUAACCCACCACCGGAAUUAUUUGGAAACAACCACGCAGAGCGGACGCGACGCAACAAAAACCCACCUUUUUGAGGAUGCGUAAAAAUCUCCGUGAGGGUAAACCAGUAGGACCCAACAACAGUUCAAAGUGUUGAACCCCUCCUCCCCAUUCCUCCUCCCCUCCUCUCUCCGGUUCCCACAUCUCCCCCCCCCCCCCACACACACACAUACACACACCACAUCCAUGUUGACUGCGGCAGCCUGCUCUCCGGGUCCACGGCCCCUUUGUUCGUGCGUGGAGAGGCUCCGGCUGAGCCGUGGGAAGACCUUGGCGCAUCCCCCCGUGUCCGUCCGGAGGAUUGUUUACGCAUUAAAAUGGCUGCUGCUGGGAUGGCAGCUGGAAGAAGAGAGUGGUCCUGAAUCAAUGCAGUAGCUGGUGGAGACUUUACCUAGCGGCGAGCUAAGCAAGGCUAACAAGUUGUGCGUGUGUUUUUAGCCACCCGGAUACGCGCAGAGUGUUUAAAUCGCUUUUAAUCGAUGCCCCGCUUUUAAGGCAGGGUCCUCCCGACGAGAAGAAGAAGAAGAAGAAGUGGGGUGAAGGGAAUUCCUCCCACUCAAAAUCUCCAAAUCUAUGCAUGCAGCUUUUAGACCCACUCAGCUAACAUUUGCAAUUUUUUUUUUUUUUUUUUUUUUGUUUUUAGCCAUUUCCCCUCCUCCUCCUCCUCCUCCUCCUCCUCACACAAGAACAAGAGACAAAUCUCGCAUUAAUUCCGAGCAUGCACGCCAAGAAUAUGCAUCACUUCUUUGUCAUAACUAGAACAUCCUGAGAAACCAGAGGCUUUUCCCCCCCGGAGUAGACCUCAAGGCCCCGGUCUCUGCUCGGCUCUGUCGACCCGGAGGAGGAAGAAGAAGAAGAAGAAAGAAAUGGAUCCCAGGGGGAAAUAUAAGACUAAACUGUUCCUGCUUGGACCCAGGCCGGCCGCGGACGGGGACUCGCUGCGGGGCAUCAACGCGUACUUGGUGGCCUACGUGUUGUUUUACUUGGUGCUGGUCACUCACGCCUCUCCGGCGAAACAGUGCGACAAGAGCUGCCUCUCCGGGAAAUGUGUCAACGGAUCCUGCGUCUGCGACCGAGGAUGGGUGGGAGACCAGUGCCAGCACUGCCAGGGCAGGUUCAAGUUGACAGAACCCACGGGAUACCUCACAGAUGGUCCAAUCAACUACAAGUACAAAACAAAGUGCACCUGGCUCAUUGAGGGCUAUCCGAAUGCGGUUCUCCGGUUAAGAUUUAACCACUUUGCCACAGAAUGUAGUUGGGACCACAUGUACGUCUACGACGGAGACUCGAUAUACGCUCCUCUCGUUGCUGUUUUCAGCGGCCUCAUCGUGCCAGAGAUACGAGGUAAUGAGACGGUUCCUGAGGUCGAGACGACUUCAGGCUACGCACUGCUGCACUUUUUCAGCGACGCUGCCUAUAACCUGACAGGAUUCGAAAUAUUCUACUCGAUCAAUUCUUGUCCUAAUAACUGCUCUGGCCAUGGGAAGUGCACACCGGGGAACUCGGCCGCCAGCAGAGUGUACUGUGAAUGUGACAAGUACUGGAAAGGCGAGGCCUGCGACAUCCCCUACUGCAGGAACAACUGCGGCAGCCCCGACCACGGCUACUGCGACCUCACGGGGGAGAAGCUGUGCGUCUGCAAUGACAGCUGGCAAGGCCCGGACUGCUCUUUAACUGUCCCUUCGACCGAGUCCUUCUGGGUCCUGCCCAGCGUCAAGCCCUUCGGCACGUCGCUGGCCAGGGCUUCCCACAAGGCCGUGGUGCAGGAGAAGGUCAUGUGGGUGGUGGGCGGAUACACCUUCAACUACAGCUCCUUCCAGAUGAUUCUCAACUACAACCUGGAGAGUGGCAUCUGGAACACGGUGCCCAUCAAUAGUGGCCCGGUGCCAAGAUACGGCCACUCGCUCGCUGCCUACCAGGACGACAUCUACAUGUUCGGGGGGAAGCUGGAGGCCGGCUGGGGCAACGUGACGGACGAGCUGUGGGUGUUCAACGUUCCCAGUCGGACGUGGCAGCGCAGGAACCCCGUGGUCAGCUCUCCGGCCCAGACGCAGAUCUACGCGGUGGAAGGUCACUCGGCCCACUGCGUCCUGCUGGACAGCGGCGACGCCAUCAUGCUGGUCCUCUUCGGCUACUCGCCCAUCUACAGCUACAUCAGCAACGUCCAGGAGUACAGUCUGAGGUCCAACACGUGGUUUGUGCCUGAGACCAAAGGUGCGAUUCUCCAGGGCGGCUACGGCCACAGCAGCUCGUACGACAGCGGCAGCGGCAGCGUCUACGUUCACGGCGGCUACAAAGCGCUCCCCGCCAACAAAUACGGCCUCGUCGACGACCUCUACCGAUACGACGUCAACACGCGGACGUGGUUCAUUCUGAGAGAGAGCAGAUUUCCACGGUACUUACACUCGUCCGUGCUCCUCAGCGGCACUCUGCUCAUUUUUGGCGGCAACACGCACAAUGACACAUCGCUCAGCAAUGGGGCCAAGUGUUUCUCCGCCGACUUCCUCGCCUACGACAUUGCUUGUGACGAGUGGAGGCUGCUGCCGAAGCCGGACCUGCACAGAGACGUGAACCGCUUCGGUCACUCGGCUGUGGUCAGCAACGGGUCCAUGUACGUGUUCGGGGGCUUCUCCAGCGUCCUGCUCAACGACGUCCUCGUCUACCGGCCUCCGAGCUGCCAGGCCUUCGUGAACGAGGAGGGGUGCGUGAAGGCCGGCCCCGGGGUCCGCUGCAUCUGGGGCCGAGGCCGCUGUCUCCCCUGGGAACCCAGCAUGGCUAACGGCAGCCUCCCUCCUGCUCCAUUCUGCCCCCCUAAAGCUGUCACGGUGGAUGAGAUGUGCUACAGGUUCUCCGACUGUGCCAGCUGCACAGCGAACACCAACGGGUGCCAGUGGUGUGACGACAAGAAGUGCAUCUCCGCCUCCAGCAACUGCACCUCUAACGUGAAGAACUUCACGGCGUGCCCGGUGCGGAACGAGCAGGUGUGCAGCAAACUCGGCAACUGCAAGAGCUGCUCGCUGAACCUCAACUGUCAGUGGGACCAGAAUCACUCCCAGUGUCACGCUUUGCCUGCCCAGCAGUGCAGCGAGGGCUGGAGCCAGGUGGGUGAGGCUUGCCUGAGGAUCAACUCCAGCCGCGAGAGCUACGACAACGCCCAGCACUACUGCAAGAACCUCAACGGCAACAUCGCCUCGCUCACCACCACCAAACAGGUGGACUUUGUGCUCGAGGAGCUCAAGAAGCUCCAGGACCUGGACAAGCGGCUGUCCCCGUGGGUGGGUCUCAGGAAGAUCAAUGUGUCGUACUGGGGUUGGGAGGACAUGUCUCCCUUCACUAACAGUAGUCUGCGUUGGCUUCCCGGCGAGCCCAGCGACUCCGGGUUCUGCGCCUACCUGGAGGAGCCUCAAGUGUCGGGCCUCAGGGCCAAUCCCUGCACGGCUACUGCCCACGGCCUCAUCUGUGAGAAGGCGAUUGGAAACCCCAACCAAAGCACCCGUCCGUCAUGUAAGAAGCCUUGCUCGCUUCACACGAACUGUGCCAACUGUACCAGCCAGGCCAUGGAGUGCAUGUGGUGCGGCAGCGCUCAGCGCUGCGUCGACUCCUCCGCCUACGUCAUCUCUUUUCCCUACGGCCAGUGUCUGGAGUGGCAGACCGCAGAUUGCGUGGCCCAGAACUGUUCAGGCCUGCGGACGUGUUCCCAGUGCUUGGAGCAGCCCGAGUGCGGCUGGUGCGGCGACCCCAGCAGCACGGGGAAGGGCCUGUGCGUGGAGGGCUCGUACCGGGGGCCCAUGAAGAAGCUGCCCAAGCAGGGCCAGCAGGGCCAGACCCAGGACAUGAUCCUGGAGCCGGGCAUCUGCCCCAAAGACAAGGGCUACGAGUGGGCCUUCAUCCACUGCCCCGCGUGCCAGUGCAACGGCCACAGCACGUGCGUGAACAGCAGCGUGUGCGAGCAGUGCCGCAACCUCACCACCGGCCCUCACUGCGAGACCUGCAUGUCCGGUUUCCACGGAGACCCGACCAACGGCGGCAAAUGCCAGGCCUGCAAGUGCAAUGGCCAUGCAAAUGUGUGCCAGGUGCUAACUGGCAAGUGCUUCUGCACCACCAAGGGGAUCAAAGGAGACCAGUGCCAGCUAUGUGACUCAGAAAACCGUUACCUUGGCAAUCCACUCAGAGGAACCUGUUACUACAACCUCCUGAUUGACUACCAGUUCACCUUCAGCCUCAUCCAAGAAGACGAUAAUCACUACACUGCCAUAAACUUCAUGGCCUCACCUGAGCAGGCAAACAAGAACCUGGACAUGUCCAUUAAUGCAUCCAACAACUUCAACCUCAAUAUCACGUGGUCGGUGGGAUCAACAGCUGGAACUAUCUCCGGAGAAGAGGUGCCCAUUGUGUCUAAGACAAACAUCAAGGAGUACAAAGACAGUUUCUCCUGUGAGAAGUUCACAUUUAGAAGCAACCCCAACAUCACUUUUUACGUCUACGUCAGUAACUUUUCAUGGCCCAUCAAAAUCCAGAUCGCCUUCUCCCAACACAACAGUAUCAUGGACCUCGUCCAGUUCUUCGUGACAUUCUUCAGUUGCUUUCUGUCGCUACUCCUGGUUGCAGCAGUGGUGUGGAAGAUCAAACAGACCUGCUGGGCGUCACGGCGGAGAGAACAACUGAUGAGAGAGCGUCAGCAGAUGGCCAGUCGUCCGUUUGCCUCGGCGGCCGUUUCAUUGGAAGCCAGAGGAGAGCAGACAGACGUGUUGCAGCCUGUGGUUGACGGUGCACCAAAACCUGUUGCGAUGGAGCCAUGUUCGGGAGGGAAAGCUGCUGUAUUGACUGUCCUCGUACGUCUGCCCUCUGGUCCCUCCGGCCUGCCUCCACCAGGACAGUCUGGCCUCAUCGUCGCCAGUGCACUGAUAGACAUAUCACAGCAGAAACCAACAGAUUUUAAGGACAAGUCCCAGGCUCUGAAGAACCGAAAAGCCCUUCCUCCAGCUCACCAAGGGACCUGCGUCUGACUGCCCCUCAACCACUCAACCCACUGGGGGGCGGCGGGGUGGAGGGGGAGGGGGUCACAUCGUUCCAACGUGUCACAGGGGACAAGCAUUUUAUCCAGAGACAGUUUUCAUUUUGGCUGCUACCACCGAGGACCUCCGAGAGCACAGUCCAAGUUAUCUUCCCUCUUGCCUUCGUCGCUCUGUUUUCCAUAAUGUCGACCUCAGAAAUUCUCCGUCUUGUACGACUUGCGCCUACUGGACUUCUUCCCAUUAGCUUUAAAGUCAUCAUAUAGCUAAGCAGGGGCUAGCGGUGGCACCAGAGCCGGACUAAUGAGGAGGAUGUGAACCUGCUGAGUUGUAAAUACAGAGGCGUCUGUGCAUUGGGUUAUAAUUGAUUUUUACGCACAGAUGGUUUAAAAAGCUGCCUGUACUACAUGGGUUUUAACUUCAUUUUGCUUGCCAACAAGUGGUAUUCUAUGGUGCUAAAGCAUUUCAUGACUCUAAACUCGGCCUUUGCAGUGUGGACUGUAUGCCUUCUGUAUGUGUGUGUGUGUGUGCGUGUGUGUGUGCGCGCUAGACCAGGGCUUGACACGCCGCCACCGCGCCGUAGUGUUUCUUGAGUAGUAUUUUCCAUCUCCUGUACAUACGCACCAUCCACCCGGCUGAAGCUAAAGUCUGUAUUUUCUGUGGAAGACGUUGAGAAAACGGAGACGCAAUCAAGCAGCUCGUGGGUGCGGACAGCGCACUGGGAGAGGCACGAACAAAACCCACAGCCGCCACAGACGGACGUCUCCUCGUUUUAUUUGCAAACUGGAAGUUAUUAAAAAAAAAUGAUAAUAAUAAAAGAAAAGGUUGUGGUUAUUUUUCGGUGUGGCUGAAGGUCUGGAAGUGCUGUGCGACUUGGACUUUUUGAACUUGCCCUCGGAUCGACGGUGGGGGGGUGGUUGCCAUUCAGGAGAAGGACGUCCGCUUUCGUACACUUCGGAGUGGGACGUCCUGCUCCUCCGGCUGUUUACCAGUUUGUUUUGUAAGGUUGUUUUGGGUUUUUUUUAAGAAAAAAAAUCAUCUGAAGGUAUGAAUUUGUUUCAGUGUUCGACUACAAGGAGUUGUGUUACCUUUUUAUAUUGCCUUGGCUUUUCGUGAACUCUUUAAGGAGGGGAGGGGCGUUCCGACGCGCAGAAUUUCCGGGGGCCCCGACUCCACCUCUGAGCUGUACAGUGUCUUGUUGGAACAAAUGUGAGUCUUUGUCGCUCUUCUCUCUCCAGAUUUCAUGUGUUUUGUCAGGUUUUUAUGACAGAAUGGUGGAAAGAUUAUCAGCUACUUUUUUUGGGCCUCGUCACCUGAUUAUAUAUCUAUGAGAAAUUGUCUUUUGCUACACUUGUGAAAAGAGCCUUUCUGUUGAUAAUUUGUUUUGAUAUUUAACAGAUUCCUGUGUAAUAGCGCAUUUAACUUGAUUUUAUCAUUUUUUUUUUUUUUGUUGAAUUGUACAUCUUUACGGGCAUUGUCUUGCAAAAGCGGUCGUUAACGAUGCAUUUCACGAUGACGGACGGUGCACCGGCUAAUGUGUUGUUUUUUUUGUUGUUGUUGUUGUUGUUUAUUUUAAUUAUUUUGUGUUUGUAGAGUAAUCCUAUAACGGUGUCAUUACACAGGAAUCAGGUCUCGCUGUACCACAGGAGAACAAAAAAAUAAGAUGAGAAGCUGCAUAUUGGUAAUCUUCAGUGUAUUUUAAAGAUGGACAACAUGCCAGAAAAUAAUAAAAUGAAAACAGACAUGAA